AUGAUUGGAGCAAUGCCUGCUGUGGCCGUCCGCCACGAGCGGCGGAGGCAGGAGAAAAAAGUGGUAUGCGCGAAUAAUCUGAACGCUGGUGACCGGGAAGGCACAUCAAACACCACUGGAAACCGGAGACCGAGUCUUUUAACACUGCAGUCACCGCAUUCUCAGACAGGCACACCGAUCACGUCUCCGCCGUACAUCCAAAACACACUGCCAGAUAUCUAUGUCUGCUCAAAAAUUUUGCCAGCAAGACAAAUUCGAGUGGAGUUUAAUGAAUAUGAGGCUAGAAGAAAUUUGUGCAAUUCACAUGAUGUAUUUUUAAUUGAUCAGAAGAUAAGUGGAUUUUUGGUUAAGAAAUUAGGAAAAGAAUUUUAUAUUAAACGAAAACUACCAAUUACUGUUAAAUUGGCAAAAAAACACUUAAAAGCUGAAAUAGAAUCAAAGUUACACAAGACUUCUUUUUUUCUUGAUUACAGAGGCACUACUAAAACUCUUCAAGUUGGUCAUAUGCAACAAACUCCUAAGCAAGUUGCUGAAAAUAUCAUAGCUACCUUUAAUAAUUUAGCACAUAGUUAUCCAGGGGGUCUAAAAAAUAUCAGGUGUCUGUUGAUUAAAAGUCCAACUUCUGAAUCUUUGCCUGUAUAUUAUUCAAUGAUAUCUAGGAAUGAAGUUCAAGGACCAUACACUAAAUCUAAACUGUAUUCUAAAGAUAAAGAAGUUGAAGGUGAAUUGUUUGGAAAACGUGUAAUAGUAAAACCUAAUGGAGAUGUCACAGUGUUGUCGGGAUCUGAAGAAGAAUCAGAUUUUGAUGAUGAAAAUGAUGUUUAUGUAUCUAAUAAAAAAAAUAAACAAAACAAUAGUGAUGAAUCUGCUAUUGAGGAAGAUAAUGAAGGAGAUGAAGGUUCUGAAKAAGAAUCAGAUUAUGAUGAUGAAAAUGAUGUUAACGUAUCUAAUAAAAAAAAUAAACAAAACAAAUCUGCUAUUGAGGAAGAUAAUGAAGAAGAUGAAGUUAGUUGUUGUAAUCAUACUCAAAUAAUAAGAUUAGGGAUUUGUAUGCGUUAA